AUGGAGGAAAGUAUUCAUAAUAUUGAGCUCAAACAAUUUGUCUUUGAAAAAUAUAUGGACAAUAGGACAGUUGCAGAUAAGUAUUUAAUUGACUCAAUAACAACAAUUCAACAAAAAGGUAAUGAGACACAAACAGAGGUUAGUACUUUAAACCAACGCCUUUCUCAAUUAGAGACAAAGGUGAUUCAACUAGAAGAAGAGAACAAAACACUGAAGGAAACAAUGGAAAAACAAAUAAAAGAAAGAAGUGAUGAAAUUGAAAAAAUGAAUCAACGAUAUUCCCUUUUAGACUCUAUAUUAAAAGACGUUGUCAAGAGUCUUGAAGAAAUGAAAAGCCAAAACAAAAAUACUUUAACGCCAGUUAUUGAAAAAAAAGAAGGAAAAGAAAUUACUGAAAAAAUACAAAAAGAAGAUAAAGAGUGUGAAACGAAUGUUAAUAAUGAGAUUGUAUUUAAAAAAGAUGAGUCAAAUGAAAAUGAUGUUUUACAAAAGACAUCACCUAUCACUGAAACUGCUAAAACUCAAAUCAAAGAUGAAGAAAAACAAGAGAUAGAAGUAGAUGAAUUAGAAGAAGAAUUACCAAUUGACAAAGAAUUAAAGUCUCAAAUAGAACAAAUUAGUACAAAGAAAGUUAUUGAUGUUAUUUAUAAAGGAACUGAAGAUGGGUUUAGUGCUGAAGAAUUUAAUAGAUGUGUUGGAAGUUACAAGAAUAUAUUGUUUGUUAUUAAAACAACAAAAAAUGAAGUAUUUGGAGGUUAUUGUAGUGAUGUUCCUGUUGUAGAUGAUAUAGCACGAGGAGUUUUUGGAGAUAAAAACCAUUUUGUAUUUACUAUAAAGAAUAAUGUCCCAAUUAAAUUUGUUAAAAGAGAAGUAAAUUCUUAUAGUACUUGGUUGUUCCCUGAUGACUCAGAAAAUAUUCUUUGUUUUGCUGGUGCUUUUUUGAUUAGCGGAAAUUGUGGAGAGAAUGAAGAAAGUAGAUUGUCUGGUAAUUUCAAGAGAGAAUAUGAAGAUAAUGGCCAAACAAUUAUUGACCAUCAAAAUUUCAGAGUUAGUGAAUUCUUUGCUAUUCAAUUGGAAUAA